AUGGACACAAAUACUCUGGACCUUCGGAACAGCGACCACCGUCACCUGGUGCUGCAAAUCGCGCUCAAAUGCGCUGAUAUAUCAAAUCCUUGUCGUCCAUGGGAAAUCAGCAGGAAAUGGAGCCUCAAAGUUUGCGAGGAAUUCUUCCGACAAGGAGACUAUGAGCGCAAAUUAAACCUACCUGUGACGGCGCUAUGUGAUCGCCAUACCACCUCCAUCCCGAAGAUUCAAACAGGUUUCUUCAAAUUUGUUGUCACGCCGCUUAUCACCGAAUGGCACAAAUUCUUGCACAAUGAUCUCUCUGCACAAAUGCUUGAGAAUUUGAUUUAUAAUCAAGGUAAAUGGGAAUCGUUGGUCGCCCAGGAGAUCGCUGAAGAGACACGCACUGAAAUCUCAGACGCUGACAUGGUUGAUGAUGAUCUGGAGACAUGUUCCGGCACCAACAUAUCAGACAGCUCUGAAUUGCUUCUGCCCCUCCGUAGGAGUUCUCUAAACCCACCGAAACCAAUUGGUCUCAGGGAGCAAUUGCGAAGAUUCUCAGUGCCACUCAAUAUUUUCCAAGACUCCCGUUUCAAGAAGAGCCGAACAGAAUCACUGGCUGAAGCACUAAGCAAAAGCAACUGCAGCGCUUUAGGUAGCGACCAGUCGCUGCACUCACAGCUCAGUGUACGCGGCCAUUGUGACAACAAAGACUCAAAGGAAAAGGUUCUGAGCUCUGAAAAUCUUAUGCCAGACUCCUCUAUCGCGUCCAUAACCACGCCGUGUCAAGCCUCCCGGCUAAAGACCGUAUUGAAAGACGGCAAUGCUUGGAAGUUAGUACGCCAACAAACCUUCCCUCCUAUGGAGCUCUCCGGCCAAGCUCAGGGCUUGCUCUGCCGACCAUACACAAGCUCAGAAGAUACCACUACACGCCAAGAUUACUUUGAGAAUAAAGAUUACAAGCUAAAAGAAGAAAAGGUCACCGUGGAGCAAUAUGAGGAAAAAGAGAAUAUAAACACAUCUAACCGAGCCGGCAAUACAAACCGCUCGAAAUUCGGAAGUCAGCUAAGAGAGAAUCUAUCCACUGUUAACCUGAGUAUGUUCCCAAGUGGAGAAUUACUGGGAAGGAGGAAAUCCAUGCCCGCCGAUGAUCUUCAUGCUCCAAAAGAGAAACGCAUGCGUGAAGUUGUGGCAGCUAUUCCCGAGCUCCUUCGUCAUAUGUACGGCAAUGACUUGGCCAAAGGACGUCGUGGUUCUGCCCCAGCGCCUGUUACAAUGUCCGAGCUGCCAGGACUAGUGGCUUUGGCUCGCAAUGGCUCGAAUGGGGGGCGUCGCAAACCCCCACCGGUCACUUGCCACCAAUGGAUGAACAGUAUGGAAACGCCGCACGUGACUCGACGUAGCUCUCUGCCCGUUGAGGAAUCUCAUCACGCUGAACUGUCGUCAUCAGAUAAUUCAGUUUAG